CCACGUGUUACCCUGGCAACGAAAUACCAAACAAACUUUUACGUUCCUAAAGGAAAAUGGCGAAGCCACGACGGCGCAAGAGGCGUUAAGGAAAUCUCCGUACCUCGAGAAUUUGACAUUUCCAAAUUUCCAAUCGUUGGGAUACGUCUUGUUUGAGAUAUAUCGAAGUAUAACGUUACUCAAAUUAGUUGGAGGAUUAUUACCCUAUACGAAACUGUCGAAAAGUUAUUAAUUUGAUUAUUUUUUUGCUUUGUUAUCCUUCAAGACGAAUCACGCUUCAUUCAUUCUGAUUAUUCGAACGUACGUUAAUAUGAUAGGGGGAAAUACUUUCUUUGGUUAAUUAUCUUACAAAAUAAGAUACCUUUCAGGAAUGACAAGAUGCAAUGACGAAGACGUCAGACUCAACUUGAAAAGUUCAGUCUACAAUCAGACCGGACAAAACUAUUUUCAGCAAUUAUCUGCAUACAAUUGUAUGAAUGUGCAUCUCCGUCGAGUAUUAUUAGCCAAGAGCGUAGUGGAUACGAAGAAUCGCGAUUAUAUUCGUCAAAAAAGAGAAAAAUGCAAAACGUCUUGUCGUUCGAUGGAAUUAGAGAAAAAUAUUUCUCAAGAUAUAAUCGACAAGCUUGCUUACGACACGAAGCAUCAUCCAUGCGAUAUACUGAGAAUGAGUUACAGUGAUUUGAGGAAAAAUCACAGUGCACGUUGUCAUUAUCAAGAUCAUUGCCAUGCUGGUUGCUCUCACGCAAAUUCCCAUAUACGUAGCACCUGCCCUAUUGAAUCUCGAAAAUGGAAUUCGCGAGCAAGCAGCAAAAAAUCGAGUUCGCCUUCACCGAAUCGUAAAUCCAGCUGUUCGUCCGAGAGGCAUAAAAAGUGUUUUGAGGAGUCAAGUUUAUUUCAGGAAAAACAAAAGCACACUGGGCGUAUUUCCGUGACUGAUAAUAAAUCGCGUCAGAAUAAAGCACCAAGGUCGAGAAAAUGUAGAUAUGAGAAUCAGAAUAUUUGCUACAAUUAUCCAUCGAGUUUUGAAUCUUCGCCAAAUGUGUCCUGCAGCGGAACUCCGCGAGGAGAGGAAAACAAUCACUCGGAUUUUGAAAGCAUUAAUAAAAGAAAAGGUAAAACUGAUUCCAGACGUCAGGACGAAUAUGGUGUGUCUGUGCAGAUAAAAAAAAUGGCAAGCAAUUGCGAGGAGGAUGCUAAGUACACGCAAUUCGCUUAUGAUAUUACCAAAGAUAUAAUGCAAAAUGCAUUGUACACUGAUAACGAAUUGCGAAAAGUGUUCAGGAAACAUUUGAGAAAAAAUACAGGACUAUUGAACAAGGCUAGGAUGCUACAAGAAAUUCGUCGCUUGAAAGUAUCUCUGAAUGUGCUGGACGAUGAUGAUGACAACGACGAUAAUGAGGAUGACGAUCACGGAAAUGAUGAAUUUAUUGUGGUGAAACCACCGACACCGCCAAAGGUUCUGGAUGAAAAUAAAAUCCUCUCGAAAUUGGAAAGCUAUCAGAAGCUUGACGAGUAUCAGAGAAGACAUUCUAAUGGUAUUUCUGGCAGCAUUAAAAACGUCGUCCUCGUAGACCCUAAUCCUGACUUGCUGGUUACUGAACGCGACGUUCUCCUCAUCCUAAUGGAGAUGAACUUGACUCCUAAGCAGGCUCAGAAUAUUUGCAAGAAACUUCAAUACUUGAGCAGAGAUACGUCGCUUAUCGACACGGCACAAGUACAAGCUGAGUCACAUUCUAGGAAACAGUCUAAAACAGAGGAAAAAGAAGUUUCCAUAGUUCAGGAUGUUCCGAAUAGUUAUCGAAGCUCUGAGAAGUCACGAAAUGGACGCAUCUCAUUAGAGGUUAAGAGUUCUACUACGAAUUUGAUUGAUAAGAAAAAUGAGAUGGUACAAACUGAAACACAAUCGGAUUUUAAAAAUGGCUUAAUGCUUAAGAAAAAUCAUCGUUGUCUCUGUAAUGACAGAUCACUUAUACAAUCUUGCCAAAAGCAUCGUCAGGUUCAAAAUUUUCGAGCAUCUGUUGAAUCCACCGACACUGGAGAUUCGACACGUCCAGAUAAUAUUAUUUAUCCGUCUGCAAAUGCCUUGUUAUCAACCAAUGAUAUCAAUCUGAAUAAGAAUACAGGAACGACGACGAUUUCGGAAAAGUUUAAAGUUACUAAACCAAUUGAAAUUGAUAAUGUGAAAUCAGAGGAAAAUUUGAAAUUUCCAAAAUCUACAAUGUCGCAAGAUGAUACAAUGAAUAUUGUGAAAACCACAUCAGAAGUAAAGGAAUCAGUUCAAUUGACUGAUCAAGAUAAAUCGGAAUCUGCAACACAGAACGUAGAUCAGAAUGAAUUGAUUGAAGACAAUGUAGAAAUAUUAGGGGACAUCAGUGAAAAUCUAAUAAGCUGGAAAACAGACACAAUAGAAUCCAUUCGGGAGGACUCGGCAGCAAAUGAUCACACAGAAACUUUGUCGAAUCACGAGAUUGUGCCAGAACAAAUUGAAGUGAAUGACACAGAAGUAGACAAUUAUAUUGAUGAAAAUUUUGAGAAUGACUCAAAUCUAUCGGAAACGAAUUUACUUGAAAAAGAGAGGGACUCAGACAGUAUAAUAAGUGAUUCAAAUAAAGUAUCUGCGUCUAACAAUCUCACUGAAGAUCAUCUUAAAGGUAAUAAAUUUCUUGUCCAAGAAUCCACAAGUAGUAUAGAAGCAUUAACACGCAACAUGAAAGAAGAAAGUCCAAGUAGUAGCGAGGAUUGCAGCAAUUGCUUUAAAAAAAUAAAAAAUCCAUGGAAAAGAACAAAGCCAAUCACCAUGACCCCAAUUAUCGAAAAUCCAGACUCUGAUGUAACAAUAUCACCAGCAAAGCUUCCAAAAAAGUCGAGCCUCAAAGAUCCUCUAAAGUUACAAACUGCUGCCCAGGUUUUGUCUAAAAAUUCUAAAAACUUGAGAGACCGCCAUUCCGACAGUGAUUGGACAGAAUAUCCAAAAUUCAUAAAUCUGCCCGAACAAAACAAAGAAUCCGACACCAAGCCAGGUGUCUCUGACCAAAAAAAAUUAUCACAAACAAAAAAGGACUCCGCGCUCGCUCUCGAAACUUCGGAAACACAAAAAUCUAAUGAAGAUGAUGUCCCAGGAAACGUACGACGUUACUCCACCAGUUCGGACGUUCUGUGGGCGUCAACAUCAGCUAAAAAUUUGUAUAUGAAAAGAUAUACAAACUCAACCUUAAAGUCGGACUCGUCGUCGCACGAAGAUGAAAUAGAAGACGAAGAUACAGAACAUAGAGAAAAAAGAGAAUAAAAGUGACAAUAUUACGAUAUCAGGGAUUUUUAUUCACAAAUAGACAAAAAGAUCUUAACCGAUAGACGUAUGCAUUAUUUUCAAGGUUAUCUUCAGGCUUCAUAUGCAAGAGCUGCUCACAUAUAUGUGAACUAUCAACAAUAAUAAAAUAUAUAGUGAAAAAAUAUAAUAUAUCAACACAUGUAAUAUGUAUAGCCAGUACACAU